AUGGAUGCAUUCUCAGUGAGCUCCUCCACUAUCCCACCGAAAAUCACCUAUAACAGCUCCACUGGUUUAGAGCAUGGCUACCAGAGUGCAUUUGUUCCCCUGACCCACCUGGCACAUGGGGCAUCCACCACUUUUGUACCCGAAGCUUGUACACCCCACUGUGACAAAUGCGGCCUAUGGCAGGUCGAGCUGGAUAUGCGGCCGAUCUACGACCUCGGACAUGCUCAGAAGACACAAGCCCAAACCUGGAUCGGCGGGGGAGAUCCUGGUCCACGCACAAAGGCCACUGGGACUAGGGGCACCAUCGGAGAUAAUACCCAUAAGCAGGAAAUAUGCACCUCAAGUCACCCAAAAUGGCAGAAAUCGCAAGUCUAA